GACGCUCUACCUCACACAUUUACUAAGGCUAGAGGGAAAAUUACAAAGAUGAUGGCCAAUGAUUUAUAUGCUAACAGCAGUAAUGAUAUGGUAGAAGGCCAGAAUCUCUGUAAUGGACAGACUGUGACCUCUUAUGCUUUAAAUGUUGUUGCUGUUUCUUUGUCAAUUCUGAUAAUAUGUGGAAAUCUUCUUGUGAUCAUCUCUGUCGUUUACUUCAAGCAGCUCCACACUCCGACAAACUACCUCAUCCUCUCUCUGGCUGUGACUGACCUGCUGGUUGGGGCUUUAGUUUUACCUUUCAGCACAAUAUUGUCUCUGAGCUCAUGCUGGAAUUCAAGUUAUUUACUCUGUAAAAUGCGAGGCCUGUUUGAUAUUUUACUUUGUGCAUCAUCUAUUUUAAACUUAUCUUGUAUAUCAAUUGACAGAUAUUUUGCAGUGUGUCAUCCUCUGACAUAUAGAAGUAAAAUUAAUGUCUGUUUUGUUCUGACCAUGAUUUUGGUAAGUUGGACUUUCUCUGCUCUACUUUCUAUCAUCAUCACAGUUCGUGAAAUAGGAAAAAAGAUUCCUAGUGGGAGGUGCAUGAUAUUUGUAGCUACAAAGGAAUCCAUGAGUGGAUCUGUUUUUGCCUUUUAUAUUCCAGCUAUUAUAAUUUUCACAAUCUAUCUAAGAAUUCUGGUGGUGGCGAAGAAGCAGGCGAGGCGCAUCCAGAACACGAUGAAGUCUGAAGCAGCUCUCAGUAAGAUGGAGAAAAAGGCCAACAAAACUCUGACUGUAGUGAUGGGAGUCUUCCUCAUGUGUUGGACUCCUUACUUUUCAUCUAUAGGUUUCUACAGUUUGGGAAAAUUCACAAUACCUGUUGCAGUGAUUGAAGGAUUUAAAUGGUUAGGAUGGUCCAAUUCUAUGUUAAAUCCUCUGGUUUAUGCUUUUUUUUACAGGUGGUUCAGACGAGCUUUUGCAAUUAUAUUUUCUGGUCAAAUAUUUCAAGGAGAUUUUUCCAAUACAAAAUUGUUGUGAUAUAUAAAUAAUUGUGUUAUGAUUAAUAUUUUGUUUGUGGUUUUUCUGUCUUAAUAAUUAGUGUACCAUGCACGCCAUGCCUAUGAAGUAAAACCAAUGGCACUAUGCACAUGCAAAUUAUUUUAUUUUGUGUGUACUUCAAGUUUCAAUUUACUCCAUCAGUAAUGUUGCUUUCACAUCUUUUAAAUAUAUACAUGUGAAUCUUCUUGUAGGACAUCAGAAGUUAAAAACAUGAAUUGGGCCGUUUGCCUGGAUGUCCAGAUAUUGUAAAGAGUUAAAUUUGCAUAAAGUUCACUGAAAUAUGAAAUAGAGUAAAAUUCCUCCGCCUCCCCACAAUCCUCAACUUCCCACAUUUGUUUCAUUCUCUUGCUUAGGAAAUUGCAUUAGGGAGGCACUUCCUGUCAGUAUAGGUGUCUCACUCUUUUCAUCCAACUAUGUUUCUGUUAUAAACAGUAAGAUUAUGCUCUAUACUUAAAUAUUCAUUAGAAAUGACUUCAUAGACAAAGAUUUCAUGUUGAAUAAAACCAGUUUAUGUGAAAAACACUUUGAACAGUUGAGGAAAAAGGAAUGUAUUGACAUUGUUUUCUCUUACAGAAGUGAGCAACUAUGAUUUUGAAUACAAAUAAUUAGGCAUGUUUACUAUUUUCUUUUACAGAAGUAAGCCUGCAAUGAACCAAACUAUGAAGACUGUAUCCCAGGAGAAUGUUUCAUCAGUCAUGGUAAUAUUUGCUUAUUAAAUAAUGGAUGCACUUUAAUACGUUGAGAUUUUUACAAUCAUUUUGAAGGUAAUUUAAAUUGUGCAAUGUAUAAUUACCAAGGUAAUAGAAUGACAUGUGACAGAUCGAUAAGGAACUAGUUAUGUAGGCGUAUGGAAAUGAAGGUGAGCAGUCUGCACAUGGUGACGACUAAACGGAUGGGAUUUGAAAAAUGCACAACCAUCAUCAUGCCGACGGCAUGAACAAGCUGAAAUCACCAUCUACCCAAGCAAAUAACCAAUAAAGUGAGUUGCUGACUGAA